AACAAGCUAACGGGGUCCUGCACUGCGAACGUGUCCACUAAGCAAGCAGAACUGCAGAUCAUGAUCAUGUCAACUCAUAUGUUUUUUGCGACUACCAAGUCUUACCGGAUGCCAUGAGCGAUCAGACAUAGAUCGGUUGAAAACUGUUCUAGUUUUCCAGGCCGAACCUUUCGCAGCGUCCUCUGCGCGAAUAAUUCCUCAUGGGCUAGUCGAUUGUUCUCUAGAAACGACCUCGACAUCGACUUAGACUUUAGCCUUCUGUGGACGUUGUGUUUGUGGGGAAGUGUUUGGGCCCUAUGUAGUGCACCCAGACUGAUCGGCUCAGCUUCAAAUUGUCCUAAUGAUGUUACAACAGGAAACGAAUCCCACAGCCCAGCUCCAGUCUCUCGCUGAAGAACUCCAGUCUCAUAUACUGAGUUUUCUUCCUUAUCGAGAUAUUCUUCGAUGUACAUCCUUAUGCAAGGCCCUUCGCCAGGCGUACACAUCGUGCUCCGAGCUUCAAUACAUUGUUGAGCUCGGUGGUCAACAUCUCCUCCCUGUCCCUCACACUUAUGACAAUCGCACUUCUAUUUUCAAGCGCCUACAACUCCUGAGAGAUAACGCCCACGCAUGGUUCAACUUUGAUAUCCACUCUUUCAAAACAGUCUCCAUACCAGUCCAUAACAAAAUGUGGGUUGUCAAUGGCCACCUUUGCCUGUGGGAGCGACAUCAUGACUCGACCACAAUUUUUCCAAUACUACCGAAACCUUCCCAAUACACAAUCGAGCGUAAUGGGUCUCCGAUGUCGUUACGUUCAGAUCCCAAUGCAUACGGCUUCGAUGUGCUCAUGGACCCAGCGCAGAAUCUAAUUGCUGUCGUGUAUGCCACUGUCGAUGAUGAUUUCCAGUGGGAUGACGAGAGGAUCUAUAUCGACCUCGGGGCCCUGGAUGGGGGAGGUAUCCACCCUCAAGCCAUUGGACGUACAUUAUUUCGCUCAGAGCUGCCUGGAAUCCCGAGUGGUAAUCGCACUUCAACAGACUUGGGGAAAUUAAAACUCAAGUGUUUCGGAAGACAUAUCGCUCUGUGGCACUCCCGACAGAUCACUUAUGAAUACUUCGACGAGAGGCUAUGGGGGUUGCAGAUUUGGGACUGGCAGCACUCAGCAACGUCCAGUAGCAUCCUCAGUGCCACAAUAAACCCAGCGUGUGAGGAAGCAAUUGAUUUUUGCUUCCUUGGAAACGACAGGUUGCUUAUUUUCAGCGAUGAGAUGAAGCUCUAUUUAAUCGAGGACACAUCCAAGGCGCCGCAGUUACUGGCUUGCUUCUUGUUGCCUGUAUCACUGACGAGAAUACAGUGCAUAUACUCAAUGGAUGAUAUUGCACAUACCUCGCAACCCCAGAAACUAGCCCAACAAACGAUGUGGGCUUUGGACCCUGAGCAUCAGCUAUUAUCAAUUGUCACAUUCUCUCCGAGUCUCAUAUUCAUCAUUUCCACCACGAUUUUCUUCGAUCUCGAGUUGUUUGAGGGAAUACUAGAAGCAAUACCGUGGAAAAACUGGGGCCCUUUGAAUGCUCGUGUAUUCCAGACACCGAGCCGUUACAAUAUUUCCGUUGGUGGAAAUCGAGUCUUGUUGGCAUUUCCUGCAGAUGACACGACUGGCAUCUGGCAUUCCCCCCAAAAGUAUAGACUGCGUGUGAUGGACUUCAGCCCGUUAGCUUUCGAGCGUCGACAAGGUCUAGGACGAGUCGUGAAAGAGCCAUCUACGAUAGAAAUCACAGAGUCGCGGACGGGGGAGAGCUUCAAGUUGGCGGAGAGCUUAACGACAUCCCUGCCAUACGUCGAGGUUAUGUUGGACCAAGACAGAACAUUCGGAUAUCGUGGUUUUGAAAGGAUAUGGAUUGAUGCGGACAGAAUUUAUUUUUAUCAUGGAUCGAAUCAGCUCGAGGUCAUUGAGGUAACGUCAAGGGCUGCAGUUGCAGUAAAGCAUAUUACAUCGUCAAACUAGCCCCAAGUAAUAUUGUACCGACUACAGGUCAUAUAGUAUCUGAACUUCAUUCAGGAUGUAAUCCAAACAAGGUUUUUGUACUCACAUGUAUACUAGAUAGUCCCAC